UUGGCCCUUGACCGUGUUGCGCUCGAAGGCGUCCUUAGCGCUCACCGACGAACUAGGGCUCUUCGCAGAACCAAAAACAUCCGCAUUUCAGCACCAUUAUAUGAUCGCUUUAAGAAUGCUUGCAGCGAUGCUGAAGAUGGGUUUAAUGACGAUGAACUUGACGUAUCUGAGCAGCAGGACAAGAAAACUUGGAUCGAAGGUGGUGAUAAAACGACUUCAUCGGAUGACUUUAGACGACUGAAGGACAGAGUAAUGUCGGUUCUGAUACGAUGCAAAGAGGGGCAAUUUGACAGCUUCACGUUGGUUAACCCUUCAUUCGAACCGAGUUCAAAAGCCUUACUAACGCCGAUUAAUUACAGGUGGCAUCUCGGGACCUGUGUCCCUGAAGAAAUCCUGGGCACCAAGGGAUACCUACCCCUGAAGCAGAAACAGUUGAAGUCUCUUUGCCUGGUGACCGAUGUGACGUGCAGACGGAAUGAAUAUGACUUAACGCCAUUCACAGGUCUCACAAGCCUGACAUGGCGUGGCUUGAGGCCCGAGAAAGAUUUUCAAUCUCUUCGAGAAUGCUUUAGGGUAACUUCUCACCAACUUAUCAGUCUCGACCUUGAUUUCUACUCUGAAACUGUUGACCCUUAUCGUAACUUCGACAUCUCGGACGAUAAUGGAAAAACAUUGGAGAAUCUUUUGACUCCAUUGCUUGGAAGAGACAAAUUAUGCUUCGCAGAGCUCCGUGAUCUUUCGUUGUGUUCUAUCCCUUUAUUAUUCGAACCGAGCCAUAUGGUUCGUACAUUUGGAUUCAAAUCUCUUCGAUCUCUGAAGCUUCGAUUUUGCCCUGGCUGGUUAGAUCUUGUUAAUCAUAUUGGAUCUCUGGAGCAGCCCUUAUACCUCGAAACACUAGAAAUAGACUGCGUCGAUUCGAUAUACGACGAGGUUCAGUUGAUAGUUUCUAGCUGCAUUGACAAUGUCAAAGGCCUAAAGGAGUUUUUUCUAUUUUCCAGGUCUGGUGAUAUGCUACCAAUUUGGCGUUCAAUACUAAAACAUCAUCUUAUGCUCAAGAAUUUUGUUCACCACGCACGAAGUAUGGGACACCGCAGAGCAGACCCUCACGACCUGCCCGCUAUUCAUUUCGAGGAUAUCAUGUGCUGGACGGAUGACCGUCGAGUCAACAGGUCCAGUGUGAAAUCUGCCCGUGACACAGAAGCCUUUAGAAUCUGGGAGUAUGACGACAGCCCGGAAUGGGAUAUCCUUGAUGAGGGUUUUUCUUCGGGAUCUAGCGACGAUGAUGCCACUCCAGCACCUGAUCAAGGCAAUGGUACUGAGUCUAGGCUUACCGAUACUGAGAAUCAAGCCGGCUCUACUCUAGCCAGAGAGAAAAGUGCUGCGAAACCAAUCCGUCCAGCCACUAACGGGGUAUAUAACGCUCUCUAUCCAGGCGAAGUUUCCGACGAGCUUGGUCAAUUCGCAGAAUGGGUUUUGUGUUAUUUAAAUCGCUUCAGCUGA